GGAUUAGGGACUAGGCGGAUAAACAAUCUCUCGAGAGAAACAGGAGAAAGACGAGUAGGGCACUCACUCUCUUCUCCGGCUCGCUCUCUCUCUCUCUCUCUUUCUGGAUCCUCCAGAGCCCCUCUGUUCACUGCCAGGAAGGCGAGGGAACGAAGCAUGGAGUGGGGUUACCUGUUGGAAGUGACCUCCGUGCUGGCCGCCUUGACGCUGUUGCAGCGCUCCAGCGGCGCUGCGGCCGCCUCAGCCAAGGAGCUGGCUUGCCAAGAAAUCACCGUGCCGCUGUGCAAGGGUAUCGGCUAUAACUACACCUACAUGCCCAACCAGUUCAACCACGACACGCAGGACGAGGCGGGUCUGGAAGUGCAUCAGUUCUGGCCGCUGGUAGAAAUCCAGUGCUCGCCCGAUCUCAAGUUCUUCCUGUGCAGCAUGUACACGCCCAUCUGCCUGGAGGACUACAAGAAGCCCCUGCCUCCCUGCCGCUCGGUGUGCGAGCGCGCCAAGGCCGGAUGCGCACCCCUCAUGCGCCAGUAUGGCUUCGCCUGGCCGGACCGCAUGCGCUGCGACCGGCUGCCGGAACAGGGAAACCCGGACACGCUGUGCAUGGACUACAACCACACCGACCUCACCACACACCCGCUGUACAACCGCGUCAAGACCGGCCAAAUUGCCAACUGCGCGCUGCCCUGCCACAACCCCUUCUUCAGCCAGGACGAACGAGCUUUCACUGUCUUCUGGAUCGGCCUGUGGUCUGUGCUCUGCUUUGUGUCCACCUUCGCUACCGUGUCCACCUUCCUCAUCGACAUGGAACGCUUCAAGUACCCGGAGCGGCCCAUCAUCUUCCUCUCGGCCUGCUACCUCUUCGUGUCCGUCGGCUACCUGGUACGCCUGGUGGCGGGGCAUGAAAAGGUGGCGUGCAGCGCGGUGGAGCAGCAUGUGCGCUACGAGACCACGGGCCCGGCUCUGUGCACCGUGGUCUUCCUGCUCGUCUACUUCUUCGGCAUGGCCAGCUCUAUCUGGUGGGUGAUUCUGUCGCUCACGUGGUUUCUGGCGGCGGGCAUGAAAUGGGGCAACGAGGCCAUCGCGGGCUACUCGCAGUACUUCCACCUGGCUGCGUGGCUCGUGCCCAGCGUGAAGUCUAUCGCCGUGCUGGCGCUCAGCUCCGUGGACGGCGACCCGGUGGCGGGCAUCUGCUACGUGGGCAACCAGAGCCUUGACAACCUGCGCGGCUUCGUGCUGGCGCCACUCGUCAUCUACCUUUUCAUCGGCACCAUGUUCCUGCUGGCCGGCUUCGUGUCUCUCUUCCGCAUCCGCUCGGUCAUAAAACAGCAGGGCGGCCCCACCAAGACGCACAAACUGGAGAAGCUCAUGAUCCGCCUGGGCCUCUUCACUGUGCUCUACACAGUGCCUGCCGCCAUCGUGGUCGCCUGCCUCUUCUACGAGCAGCACAACCGCCCGCGCUGGGAGGCCACGCACAACUGUCCGUGCCUGCGGGACCUGCAGCCGGACCAGGCACGCCGGCCUGACUAUGCGGUGUUCAUGCUCAAGUACUUCAUGUGCCUGGUCGUGGGCAUCACCUCGGGCGUGUGGGUCUGGUCAGGCAAGACACUUGAUUCGUGGCGGGCCCUGUGCACCCGCUGCUGCUGGGCCAGCAAGGGUGCUGCGGUGGGCGGGGGUGCUGGCGUGAGGGGGGCGGGCGGGGCAGCGGGCUCGCUCUACAGUGACAUCAGCACAGGCCUGACGUGGCGAUCUGGCACCACCAGCUCAGUGUCUUACCCAAAGCAGAUGCCAUUGUCCCAAGUCUGAGCAGAGGGAAGGAAAGGGGGGCGAAGAGGCCAAGGGCUGCCAAGGGACACUCCAGGGGCUGAUGUUCCCACCCCAUAACUGGGUUUUGUUUUGUUUUUUUGGUGUGUGGUUUUUUUGUGGUUUUUUUGACUGCUAUUAGCAUGAUAAUGAACUCUUAAUGGUAUCCAUUAGCUGAGACUUAAAUGACUGGCUUAGAACAAAGUACCUGGCAUUGAGGACUCCCAGACCCAGCCUCCUUUCCUCCACUGAUAUUCGAGAAGCUCCUCACGGGAGGCGGAGGCGGGAGACGUUCAUUUCAAUUGGCAAGGAAGGGUGGACUCUCCAGCGUUCCCAGAACCCAAGGCUUGGAGCCCUCCUUGGUUGCCAUUCGUGGAACUUGAAGCCAGAUCUACAGAUUUUUACCAGAGGGACCUAUUUUUCUCCUAUGUAAACUCUUACUCCUUAUGCAUCCUAAAGGAAGGAUGAUCGAAACCUAAUUGGAUUGAGUGGUUUGGGUAUUCUUAAUGACCAGGCAAAUGCCUUAAGUAAAUAAACAUGAAAUGUCUUAAUUAUACACCCCAAGUAAAUACGGGUUUCUUACAUUAGAGGAUGUAUUUAUAUAAUUAUUUGUUAUGUGUAAAAAAUGUAAAAUAUGUACAUAUCCAGAGAUAUACAGUCUGUACAUUUUUUGUAAAAAGUUUAGAGGUCAUUCCUGUAAGAACAAAUAUAAGUAUUCUAUUUUGUCAAUAAAAUGAUUUUUGAUAAAUGA